AUGGCGUCAUCAGGCAGGCCGGAUGGGGCUACGUCACUCUCAUCAAAUACUCACCAGCGACCACUACCAAAGAGUCCCACUCUUGAUACUCCCCCAAGACCACCAAAGAGUCCCACUCUUGAUACUCCCCCAAGACUACCAAAGAGUCCCACUCUUGAUACUCCCCCAAGACUACCAAAGAGUCCCACUCUUGAUACUCCCCCAAGACUACCAAAGAGUCCCACUCUUGAUACUCCCCCAAGACCACCAAAGAGUCCCACUCUUGAUACUCCCCCAAGACCACCAAAGAGUCCCACUCUUGAUACUCCCCCAAGACCACCAAAGACUCCCACUCUUGAUACUCCCCCAAGACUACCAAAGAGUCCCACUCUUGAUACUCCCCCAAGACCACCAAAGAGUCCCACUCUUGAUACUCCCCCAAGACCACCAAAGAGUCCCACUCUUGAUACUCCCCCAAGACCACCAAAGAGUCCCACUCUUGAUACUCCCCCAAGACCACCAAAGAGUCCCACUCUUGAUUCUCCCCCAAGACCACCAAAGUUCUCCACCAGUCACCUGUUGAGCCAUCAGACUGCCGGGUGCACUGAGGCUGCGGCUGCUCCCGUGAACAUGUUCAUGGAAGAGGAUUUCUCGCCGCUCCCUCUGGAGGAUGACUCCAGGGGUGAGGAGGUGAGUGUCCCGUUGGAUGCUGCGGCUGCCCCUGCUUCGCCUGUCCUUCCUUCGGUUGUUGAGGACCCUCCUCCGGGUGUUGCUGUGCCGUCGGAUGUUCUUCCUGAUCCCGUCGCUGUCCCCGCUGCUCCCGAUGGCCUUACGGGCAAUCUCUGCGUCGUCGGCGCUCUCCUCUUCCUCGUCUUCUGCGCCUGCCCCUGCGCCCUCGCCUUGUGUUCCGUCUUGAACCUGCCAACAGCUGCCAACAGUGAAGGUCAGGAGGCAGCUGGCAGCAGUGAAGGUCAGGAGGCAGCUGGCCACAGUGAAGGUCAGGAGGCAGCUGGCCACAGUGAAGGUCAGGAGGCAGCUGGCCACAGUGAAGGUCAGGAGGCAGCUGGCCACAGUGAAGGUCAGGAGGCAGCUGGCCACAGGGAAGGUCAGGAGGCAGCUGGCUACAGUGAAGGUCAGGAGGCAGCUGGCUACAGUGAAGGUCAGGAGGCAGCUGGCCACAGUGAAGGUCAGGAGGCAGCUGGCCACAGUGAAGGUCAGGAGGCAGCUGGCUACAGUGAAGGUCAGGAGGCAGCUGGCCACAGUGAAGGUCAGGAGGCAGCUGGCCACAGUGAAGGUCAGGAGGCAGCUGGCCACAGUGAAGGUCAGGAGGCAGCUGGCCACAGUGAAGGUCAGGAGGCAGCUGGCCACAGUGAAGGUCAGGAGGCAGCUGGCCACAGUGAAGGUCAGGAGGCAGCUGGCCACAGUGAAGGUCAGGAGGCAGCUGGCCACAGUGAAGGUCAGGAGGCAGCUGGCCACAGUGAAGGUCAGGAGGCAGCUGGCUACAGUGAAGGUCAGGAGGCAGCUGGCCACAGUGAAGGUCAGGAGGCAGCUGGCCACAGUGAAGGUCAGGAGGCAGCUGGCUACAGUGAAGGUCAGGAGGCAGCUGGCCACAGUGAAGGUCAGGAGGCAGCUGGCCACAGUGAAGGUCAGGAGGCAGCUGGCUACAGUGAAGGUCAGGAGGCAGCUGGCCACAGUGAAGGUCAGGAGGCAGCUGGCCACAGUGAAGGUCAGGAGGCAGCUGGCUACAGUGAAGGUCAGGAGGCAGCUGGCCACAGUGAAGGUCAGGAGGCAGCUGGCCACAGUGAAGGUCAGGAGGCAGCUGGCUACAGUGAAGGUCAGGAGGCAGCUGGCCGCAGUGAAGGUCAGGAGGCUGCUGGCUACAGUGAAGGUCAGGAGGCAGCUGGCUACAGUGAAGGUCAGGAGGCAGCUGGCUACAGUGAAGGUCAGGAGGCAGCUGGCUACAGUGAAGGUCAGGAGGCAGCUGGCCACAGUGAAGGUCAGGAGGCAGCUGGCCACAGUGAAGGUCAGGAGGCAGCUGGCUACAGUGAAGGUCAGGAGGCAGCUGGCUACAGUGAAGGUCAGGAGGCAGCUGGCCACAGUGAAGAUAGAGAAGAUGAUAGAGAAGAUGAUAGAGAAGAUGAUAGAGAAGAUGAUAGAGAAGAUGAUAGAGAAGAAGCCCAAUAA